AUGAAUCCAUCUAGUUUCACGCUUGUUCUCUUUUUCUUUACUUUGGUCUUGGGUCUCGCAGUACGUUCCUUGAAAUCCAAAAAACCAAAAGGUCAGCUUCCUCCUGGCCCACCUGUCAUUGGGAACUUGUUCCACCUGAUCUUUAACAGACUCUCUCACGUGUGGAUCCACUGCUUGAUGGAGAAAAUGCAGACGGAAAUAGCUUGCUUCCGUUUUUCAGGCAUUAAUGUCAUCACUGUAACCUCAAGCGAGAUUGCCCGAGAAGUGCUUAGGGAAAAAGACGAGGCUCUUGCAGACAGAUCGGAAUCGUACUCGAGCGAUCUCAUAAGCCAUGGCUACAGAGAAGUUAUUUUCUCUUCCUACGGAGAGAGUUGGAAGCGUAUGAAGAAAGUCAUGACCACACAACUAAUGUCUCCGACUAUGUUGAAUAAAACCCUCGGUGAUAGAACCCUUGAAGCAGAUAAUAUCGUCACGUAUGUCUUCAAUCUAUCCCGGUCAGGGUCAAUGACGAAGCCUAUUAACGUGAGAGAUGUUAUCUUAACUUAUUGCCACGCCGUGAUGAUGAGGAUGAUGUUCGGCCAGAGGCAUUUUGAUGAAGUGGCCCAUGAUGGAGGUCUAGGGCUAAAAGAGAAAGAGCACAUGGACGCAAUAUAUCGAGCUCUAGAUUGUUUUUACAGUUUUAACGUAACGAAUUAUAUACCUUUCCUUAGAGGUUGGAACAUCGGUGGAGAGGAGGCGGAAGUUAGAGAAGCGGUUGAUAUUAUCAACAGAUGCAACGACCCUAUCAUCCAUGAGAGAAUGAAUUUAUGGAGGAAGAAAGGAGGAAAAGAGACUAAAGAAGAUUGGCUCGAUACUCUCAUCACGCUAAAAGAUGACCAAGGAAUGCCUUUGUUCACAUUUGAUGAGAUUAGGGCUCAAUGCAAGGAUAUCAAUGUUGCAACAAUUGACAACACCAUGAAUAACGUUGAAUGGACUAUAGCGGAAAUGCUGAAUCAUCCAGAGAUUCUUGAUAAAGCCAUAAGUGAACUGGACAUGGUAGUUGGUAAAGAUAGACUUGUGCAAGAAUCAGACAUACAACAACUCAACUACAUCAAAGCCUGUAGUAGAGAAUCUUUCCGUCUUCACCCAGCUAAUGCCUUCAUACCUCCUCAUAGAGCCCGACAAGAUACAACUCUCGCUGGUUAUUUCAUUCCAAAAGGUAGUCAAGUUCUUGUAAGCCGUGUAGGGCUUGGUCGGAAUCCUAAAAUAUGGGACGAGGCAAACGUGUUUAAGCCAGAGCGACACCUUGAUGGCCGUGUUGGGAGCUCAAUGGAAGUGACUCUGAUGGAGCCUGAGAUGCGGUUUGUGAUAUUCAGCACUGGUAGGCGUGGCUGUGCAGGUACCAAAAUAGGGACAUCCAUGACCAUAAUGUUGCUAGCCAGGCUACUUCAAGGGUUCGAAUGGACCCUUCUAAAUGGUAAAAAUCAAGUUGAGCUCGUUCAUGCAAAUAGCAACUUGUUCAUGGCGAAGCCUCUACUCGCAUGUGCGAAACAUAGGCUGGCUCCAAACUUGUACCCAAAAAUUAAGAUCUAA